AUGCUGGGCAAGGACUACAUGCUGGCCAUCAUCCUGGUCAACUGCGACGACAACCUCUGGAGUGACCAGAGCCUGGAGACAGACCCUGACCUCCCUGCAGGCUGGAGGAAAAUUCGUGAUUCUCUGGGCACCUACUAUUGGCAUGUACCAACCGGCACGACACAGUGGCAGCACCCAGCAUGCACUGCUGGCCCAGGCAGGAGCCUGCAGCCUUAUGGAGAGGAAAUGCUCCAGCAAAUGGACCGCCAGGCCUCCACAGUGAACCACCUCUUGAAGGACAGGCCCAUUCCCAGCCCUAUGGCUUCCCUGUCCAGGAGGACCUCACUGCCCUGGCAUGGAGAUGACUUCCAGCACACUGCUGAGCCUGGCUCCAAGUGCUUUGCCGUGCGCUCGCUGGGCUGGGUUGAGAUCCCUGAGGAAGACCUAGCACCUGGUAAGAGCAGCAUCGCCGUCAACAACUGCAUCCAGCAGCUCUCCAACAGCAAGAGCCGGGGCCACGACUCUGCAGGCAGCUGGGAUGAGGGUCAGAACCUGGUGAUGAUCCUGAAGAAGGACACCAUGAGCUUGGUGGACCCCCUGGACCACAGCCUCAUCCACUGCCAGCCCAUCCUCAACAUCCGUGUCUGGGGUGUUGGCUGCAACAAUGGCAGGGACAGGGACUUUGCAUUUGUGGCCAAUGACAAGGAUACCUGCGUGCUCAAGUGUCACGUCUUCCACUGCAACGUGCCUGCCAAGGGCAUUGCUAAGGCGCUGCAUGAGAUGUGCUCAAAGAUCAUGGCUGAGCGAGCAGCAGCAAGCAGCAGCCUCCCGCGCGCCAUCACCUGCGAGUCCAUAUCCCCUGACGACCUGCCGCUGCAAGUGGAUAUCCUGGACGCUGUGAGACAGUCGAUCCAGAAGUACGAGGCGCUGUACAUUGGCAGCUUGCCCGUGCCCAGGGCCAUGGGGAUGGACGUGCUGAAUGAGGCCAUUGAGAAGCUGACAAGAGGCCCUGGGCGGGAGCGCUGGACACCCUCCCUCAUCAGCGUGUCAGACACGGCCAUGAGGGUGCACUCGGCACAGGUGGGGCCCAGGGGGGAGGAGGCUCACAUCUGGGAGUGCCAGGUUCGCUACGUGACCUUCAUUGGGGUGGGCAGGGACGUGCACACCUUCGCCCUCAUCGUGGACAUGGGACAGCGCUUCCAGUGCACGGCGUUCUGGUGUGAGCCUGACGCUGGCACCAUCUCAGAGGCGGUGCAGGCGGCUUGCAUGGUGCAGUACCAGAAGUGCCUGGUGGCCGCGGCGAAGGGCGCAGCAGCGCGGACCCGGCCGGCAGCCGCCGCGGGCAGCCCCGCGGACUCGGGGGGGCCCGGCGUGCCCAAGGCGAGGGGCGGCCCGGGGCCCCGCAAACGCGGCGUCUUCUCCUUCCUGGAGACCUUCCGCCAGAAGCGCUCGGCGCUGCACACGCCCUAG